UAAAUUUACUCUCCCGAUUCCCGAUGCACCAUAUGAACCCAAGAAUAACCCGGCGUAAAAACUGAAAAGAGAGUGGGGAAGUUAUCUGCUUCGGUCACAACUCGCAGCGUUAUCCCGGCCAGGGAAUGAGCUCCGCCGUCACCACUCCGCCGUUUCCAUUCCACCUCAACUCCUCUCCCAAUUCCUCGAUUUCAGGUGGGCAAGUCUUAUCAUUAAACCCGACAUUUCCAACCUAUAAAUGGCGGCUUCUCAUUGCUUAUGAUGGCACCAAUUAUGCUGGGUGGCAAUAUCAAGCAUCACCGCCUACAGUUCAGUGUGCCUUGGAAAAAGCUUUGAUCAGAAUCACGGAUUUAGACCGAAAGGAUCUAAAUGUGGUAGGUGCAGGCAGGACGGAUACAGGUGUCCACGCUUUGGGCCAGGUUGCACAUUUCAUUACUCCUUUCAACUAUGAUUCGUUGGAUGAAGUUCACGCUGCAUUGAAUGGUCUUCUCCCAUCUGAUAUUCGUGUGAGAGAGCUGAGCCCUGCUUCAGCACUAUUCCAUGCUCGUUUUUCUGCAAAGGGAAAGAUUUAUCGUUACAGUAUUUACAAUGGUGCUGUCAUGGACCCAUUUGAGCGUUCUUACGCAUAUCAUAGCUUAUAUAAGCUCAAUGCAGCUGUCAUGGCAGAGGCUGCAAAGUUUUUUAUUGGAAAGCAUGACUUCUCAGCCUUUGCUAAUGCAAAUCGCAAUGAUAGAGUACGGGAUCCUAUCAAGACUAUAUCCCGAUUUGAUGUCACUGAAAGGGGAGCUCUUCUGGAGCUAGAAGUUGAAGGUUCAGGCUUCUUGUAUAGACAAGUUCGAAACAUGGUUGCGUUGUUGCUUCAAAUUGGAAGGGAAGCGAUUCCACCUAAUAUAGUACUAGAGAUAUUGGAAACAAGAGAUCGUAAAGAAUUGGCUAAAUACGCGUUGUCUGCACCACCUCAAGGACUAAGUCUGAUAUCAGUGAAUUAUAAACAAGAGCAUCUGCAGCUUCCAUCAGAUGGCCCUCCAGUUAGUUUGGGCAGGCGUAGUACUAUAAGCAAAUGUAAACUUCCUUAUUAUUAGCACAUUUGCCCCAUUAACUCAAUAGGUUUUUUUUUAACCCUGCGGUUAUGGCAUCUUGAUUAUCCAGAAGGUUAAAGAACAACCAGGUAUUUGUCCGAUCAAUUCGAUGCCUACACUGUAGAUUUGAGCGAUGAGCUUCUGAAGUAAAAGCAAGGCUGUUAAAUUUCAAAGUA